GUCAUCAACUGUACAUAUAUCAGCAAUCUCCCUCCCCUCUCUGUCUUUAACAUUAAUCUCCAAUAUUCAAAGAAAGAAAUCGUUCGAUUUCUUGUAUCUACAAUAACCAUAUGGAUCAGAAGCUCAUACGGUUUUUGCUCAUCCAAUAUUUUACAAUAAGCGUAUACUUGGAAUUUACGUCACACUGCCACGCCCACAUGACAACUUCAUGCAAACAAACCCCAUAUCCAGAGGUGUGCGAACACUACGUGGGCCCACCUCCUCAAACCCUAGACGGAACCGAUGGGCUCACUUUCCACGACCUCUCGAUCAAGUCUACCAUUGACCUGACCAAGCAGCUUCACCGGCUCGUCUCCGACUCCAAACGACGUCGCUUCCUCAGCAAGUGUGCCACGUCAGCCUUGUUCGACUGCUUGGAGCUCUACCGGGACACCUUGCUCCAACUCAAUCGCUCCACGAAUCGUCAUUUCCCGUCUUCUAUGGACAUCCAAACUUCGUUAAGCGCAGCUAUUGCAAACCAAGAAACCUGCAAAAACGGAUUCUUUGAUUUUAAUUUGACGUCUUACUCUACGUAUUUUCCGUUAGAAAUGCAUCGUAACCUGUCAAAGUCACUGAGCAACUCCUUAGCCGUCACCAAAGCUGCAGCUGACGAGUCCUCCGCCGCUGCCUUCACUGAGUUCAACAAACAAGGCCACUUCGGUGGCAGCGGCCGCAGAUUAUUACUCUCGGGCGAAAAAUUUCCGUUGUGGGUUUCAUAUUCUGAUCGGAAGCUACUGGAAAGUUUGGAAACAACGGCCAAAGCCGAUCUUGUGGUGGCUAAGGAUGGAUCCGGUCACUACACGAGUGUCUCGAAGGCUGUUGAGGCGGCGAUGAGGCUCCAUCGUCAAGAAAAAAGCGGGAACAGGUUUGUGAUAUACGUGAAAGCCGGUAUUUACAAUGAAAACAUAGAGAUAAAGAGAUCAAUGAAGAACCUGAUGGUUGUCGGCGACGGUAUCGAUUCUACCGUCAUCACAGGCAAUAGGAAUGUUAGAGAUGGCACGACGACGUUUCAGUCUGCAACUUUUGCUGUUACCGGAGAAGGAUUCAUCGGGAGAGAUAUAACAUUCGAGAACACGGCGGGUCCGACUAAACACCAGGCGGUGGCGCUCCGUUCAGGCUCUGACUUCUCUGUAUUCUAUAGAUGCUCUUUCAAAGGGUAUCAGGAUACACUUUACAUCCACUCCAACCGCCAGUUCUACCGCAACUGCGACAUCUACGGCACUAUCGAUUUUAUAUUUGGGGACGCAGCCGCAGUCCUCCAGAGGUGCAACAUAUUCGUUCGACGUCCCAUGAGCGGCCAGAAGAACACAGUCACUGCCCAUGCCCGCAAGGACCCAAACGAGAACACGGGGAUUGUCAUCCACGACUCCAUAGUCACUGCAGCGGAGGAUGGGACGGCUGAGACAUACCUGGGGCGGCCGUGGAGGAUGUACUCAAGGACUGUCUUCAUGAAGUGCUUCCUCGGUGGUGUGGUGAGUCCGGUGGGGUGGUUGGAAUGGAGCGGAGACUUUGCUCUCUCCACUCUCUAUUACGGAGAGUACAUGAACUCCGGCCCCGGAGCUAACAUCUCCGACAGAGUGAAGUGGCCUGGAUUCCAAGUCUUGAUGACGGCGUCCGAGGCCUCCAAAUUCACGGUGGGUAAUUUCUUGGCCGGGAACUCUUGGAUUCCAGCCGCCGGAGUGCCGUUCGACUACGGCCUUUGACCUCACGCCGCUGUCCUUCGCGUUUCUUUUUUUUUUAUUUGUUUGUGCGUAUUACUUAAGACACUUUGUACUAUGUUGCAAGUUUUUUUUUUUACCAUUAGAGAAAUAUUAAAUCAAAUUUAGUAAAAAUAUAUAUGUUGGGAUUCUAUUCUAAUCAUUGGACUGAAUGUAGAAAAAAUAAAAAUCUUGGUUUUGGUU